AUGCGUUUGUGUGGCUCAGCAUUGUCCGUACUAGUUGUACUGUCAGUAGUGUUCGGACUAAUCGAGAGUAACGACUUGAAAUCAGAUCAAACGAUGAUCGAUAAUCUGUCAUCAUUGAAUCAUGAUGUCAACAAACGUGCAGCACUCUUGUCAAGAUACGGAAGGGCUUUGCUUUCAAGAUACGGCAAACGAUCAGAACUCACUCCUCAACCAUUUGUCAUUCAGAACACGAAUGCUGACGGCUAUUUCGAUCAACUAAGUAUUCAUCAACAUGAAUAA